AUGACGAGCUCACAAGAGGGCAGUGCCUCAGGGUCCAUCUCUUGGAGGAGACCUAACUUCGCCACACGCACUGCACAGGAAGAUGAGUCCAGAUUGGACCCGAGCGAGCCUGCAAAUGCUUCCCCGGAAGAGACUGCAAGGCUACUGAAUUGGCGGCCUGCUGGACAACUCCAAAAUUACGGGUCCUUAACUCCUCAGGUGUCCGAAUCAUUUGGCCGGCGCCGCUCCUUACCUUCGAACUUUCUGUCUUAUUUCUCGGGCUGGUGGAGGAAACCUGAGAACGAUGCUGAUUUACCAAGCACAUCGCUUGAGGCAGGGCCUCUCCGGGACGCGAGCGUUGAUCAUAAAGGGAGGAAUGGAGAGAGAUAUCGUUCGUCAGAUGCUUCUGACAAGUUCACGACUUUUUCAGGAGUCUUUGUGCCAACCAGUCUCAAUGUCCUGAGCAUUCUCAUGUUCCUUCGCUUCGGGUUCAUUUUGGGGCAGGCUGGUCUACUGGGAAUGCUAGGACUGCUUGCAAUAUCGUACACAAUCAACCUAGUCACUACAAUGUCUUUAUCAGCCAUAGCAACCAAUGGCACAGUCAAAGGAGGAGGAGCAUACUACUUGAUAUCUCGCUCUUUAGGGCCCGAGUUUGGUGGCUCUAUUGGUCUAGUGUUCUAUCUCGGCUCCGUAUUGAACACAGGAAUGAAUGCCGUGGGCUUGAUCGACUGUUUUACACAGAACUUUGGAGCUGAAACGGGCACAUGGUACAACUUCCUCGAGGAAGGAUUUUGGUGGCAAUACCUUUGGGGAACUAUCAUCUUGGUCGUUUGUACUGGGAUAUGCUUGGCGGGCAGUGCUCUUUUCGCUCGAGCAAGCAAUGGAUUGCUUAUUAUUCUUUUGAUUGCGACACUCAGUAUUCCAGUGUCUGCUCUCGUCAUGGAACCAUUUCGAAACUCGAAGCUUGGGAUCCAUUUUACCGGUAUCAGUUUCCAUACACUCUUGGGGAAUCUUAAGCCUAGGCUCACGAAGGGGGCGGCCGGGAGCCAACUCUCCACGCGGGAGAACUUCCAAGACCUUUUUGGGAUUUUGUUCCCUGCGACUGGGGGGAUCUUCGCUGGUGCAAGCAUGUCAGGCGACCUGAAGAAUCCUAGCAGAUCGAUACCGAAGGGUACACUCUAUGGCCUUGCUCUGACCUUUGUCUUAUACACCCUUGUGAUUCUCGCGAUGGCGGCUUCUUUGACAAGAGACUCUCUCUAUAACAGCGCCAAUAUUGUCCAGAUUGCAAAUCUUUCUGGGGCCGUCGUUCUUGCAGGCGAAUUUGCAACCAGUUUCUUCUCUGCUCUGAUGGGGUUGAUUGGAUCUGCUAAACUGCUUCAAGCGAUCGCUAAAGACAACUUGGUUCCUGGGCUCAAUCUGUUCAGCAUAGGCACGAAGAAGAAGGACGAGCCUGUUCGCGCAAUCAUUGUCACUUUCAUCGCUGCUCAGUUGACAAUGCUGUUUGAUAUCAACCAGAUCGCGUCCUUUGUCACAAUGGCUUAUCUCAUGACCUUUUUAGUGAUGAACUUGGCUUGUUUCCUGCUGAAAAUUGGGUCUGCCCCCAAUUUCCGUCCUUCCUUCCACUACUUCAACUGGCAGACCGCCGCAACUGGUACCUUGGUCUGCGGCGCUAGUAUGUUUUUCGUCGAUGGUAUUUACGCCACUGGGUGCUUUGGUGUUUUAAUCACCCUAUUCUUACUGAUUCAUUAUACUUCUCCUCCGAAGCCGUGGGGUGAUGUCAGCCAGAGCCUGAUCUACCAUCAAGUGCGUAAGUAUCUGCUUCGUUUGAAGCAAGAGCACGUCAAAUUCUGGAGGCCACAGAUCCUUCUAUUCGUGAAUGAUCUUGAUGAGGAAUUCAAGCUUGUUGCUUUUUGCAACUCACUGAAAAAGGGUGCGUUGUUUGUACUUGGUCAUGUUCUUGUCACCGAUGAUUUCUCGUCUGCCGUCCCGGAAGCGCGUCGACAACAGAGCGCUUGGACAAAGCUAGUCGAGAAUUCAAAGGUCAAAGCCUUCGUGAACAUUGCAGUGUCCCCCGCUGUCGAAUGGGGAGUUCGAAAUAUUGUCUUGAAUUCUGGCCUAGGGGGGAUGCGGCCAAAUAUCGUCAUAAUUGAUCAAUUUCGGGAGGGUCGGUCUCUUGCCGAGCCAAUAUAUCACCAUAAACACAAUUCGAAUCCGAAAUCGCCAGAUAGUCCCAUGUAUGAGCCAUUGAGGAAGUCGGCAGACUGCAGGACAUACGUCAGGGUCUUGGAAGACCUUUUGUUCCAACUACGCAUAAAUGUUGCGGUAGCCAAGGGGUUUGAGGAGCUCGGACUGCCGGGACAGCACGGAUCGAACUCGAAAAAAUACAUCGAUCUCUGGCCCAUCCAGAUGUCUGCUGAGAUAAACGCCAACAGUGAAACGAAACGAAAUAUUCUUACUACAAAUUUUGACACAUAUACUCUCAUCCUUCAGCUUGGUUGCAUUUUAAACACAGUUCCUUCCUGGAAAAGGGCAUACAAGCUGAGGGUGGCUGUUUUCGUGGAAUACGAAGCUGACGUUGAGGACGAAAGAAAAAGGGUUGAGACUCUCCUUGAGAAGCUACGGAUUGAAGCAGAAAUCCUGGUCUUCUGGCUUGCGUCUGGUGACUUGAAGACAUAUCGCCUGAUAGUCAAUGGAGACGCUGCCCCGGGGUCUCAGGAUAUCAGAGAUAUGGUAAAUACGAUAUUAAAGGAUGAGAGUUGGUGGGAGGAUAUUCAACGUGGUCGGAGAAACUCGGACGACUCCUCAACUUUUGGUUGGAUGAACAGGGCUGGAAGCUCAUCUCGCUUCGAGGUCUUGAAUCAGGAGCAACGGCAGGCGCGUCAUCCAUUGCCAGGUGGAGUGAGGAAGUUGAUACAAUCUUCGAGAAGACGACGUUCUAUUUCCAGCUUUAGGGGUCUAGGAGGUGUCAAUCUAGGCAUGCAGACACACCGACUACUGGAUGCUUUCGUUGAUGAUGACAGUACCCCGAGCGAAACUAGUGAUAGCAGCAGCAGCAGUGACUCAGAGGAAUCCGCAAGUGAUGGAGAGACCACGAGCAUACACAGGACGACAACUCCACAGGGAGUGGUUAACCCUUCAACGUCGGAUCCGGAUCUUCCAACAAUGCAGAGACACAACAUUCCGGCCAUCAUUGAGCCUAGCGAGACGGGAUCUCCUCGAUCCGCAACGAGCCGGCCGUCUCUGAGCCGCUCAGCAUCGAGCAAUAGAUUCAGCUCUUCACCAAUACCUGAAGCUCAGGUCAACACAGAAGAGGGCGCCGGUCCAAGCAUCAUGUUCGCCACAAACAUGUCGCCUCCUCGAUCAUCUCGAAGAGCUGUCGAGUCCAUCUACAAACGUCGUUCUGCUUCGGAGGUAUCAUCAGAUCGGACGAGCGCCUCUGGGUAUCCGCAGCAAGCUUCCGUUCCGCUGUCAUUCAACGACCUUCCGAGCCGUGCACAGCAUCUGAUACUGAAUGAGUUGAUAGCUAAACACAGCGGGGAUACGGCUGUAAUUUUCACGACUCUGCCAUCACCAGUCGAGGGCACUUCGGACAGCGAAACUGCUAGCCAGUCGUAUCUGAGUGAUCUGAGUGUUUUGUGGCAGGGUUUGCCACCUUGCUUGCUGGUCCACAGCAAUAGCAUGACCGUGACGCUAAACCUUUAA